AUGCCUGACAUUGUCACUAGUAAUCUCCGUCCUCAUCGUUUCAGCGUAGGGCUGCCACAUGAGGAACUUGCUUUUUACGAGGCACAGCUGAAUGCAGAGGUGUUUCAAGAACACCUUGGGGAAGCGUAUCAGCGUCACCACAUGGGAGUGUCAGGUCCGUUCAAACGUCCGUCAAAUCCUGCGUACAACGGGCAUUUCAAGAAACCGAACGAUACGGCUGGGGGUGAGCAAUUCCCGCUUGUUUAUACUGACCGUGCAUUACAGAAGUCCAAGAUGAUGAAUGCCACUCGCAAGGCCUUGGGUCCCAACUGGCAAACUGCUGAUCACCUUGAUGAUGACUUGGAGAAUUAUGGUGCCCCGAAGGUGUCAAGUGACUGGAACUGCCAGACUGAGCGGGAAGCGCCGAUUCCUGAUAAGUACUUACAAGAGUUCAAUCAGAUGUGGUAUGAGGACGACGAAGACACCGAUGCUGACCAGCUCUUGGCGGAUAUGACUUCAAAUUCACAUGCACCAUGGCGUAAUCACCUACCGCUACGCCCAAUGUACGGUCCAAGUGGUGAUCUCCGCAGCCCGAUCCGCUAUUUCGACAAGGCAGAGAUCAUGAUGUGGAACGAGGCUACACAUGAAGCUCAUCUGACACAUCCCAGUGUGGUGGAGCCGGGGCCCUUUGUUCGUCCCGAGCCCCAAAGCUUUUUCAGCUGGAGUGACUCUUCAACCGAGGAGAGCCGUGGGAAGCGCCUCAAAAAGAGCUUUCGCGCAAACCUCGGCCGGCUGUGUCAUCUUGAGUGA